AUUUUUCAGCCUGGCGUAACACGGCAGAUUGACUGAUUCUGAAUGUAGCAAACAUCUUCCCACUUAGCAGUUCCUCGGUAGACCAGAAUCUCAGAAUGGCCUGCGCAAUCGACGUUGAACGAGGUCCCCUUCUGGACACUGCAGAUCAUCUGCCAUCAUAUGGUGACAGGGACGGAGUCAGUGGUCAUCAACAAAGCAUCAGGAGAGCCCGCUGUGGUGUGGUUUUCAAGACUGUCCUCGACGGGUUCAGGUGUUUCUGUGCGAAACUGUGGAUAGCAAUUUGGCCUUUUGUCGGCUUCUGGUGGUUCUUGUUCUGUACUGUUAUGCAACUGGUCUGCCUGUGGAGAGCAAGGACGAACGGCAGUCCUCAUAAUGAGACAGUAGCAAAUGUCACAUGGUACGCUGGAGAUGUAUCCUACAUCAACGAAACAAAAAUUUCACCGUUUGCUAACGACACCUUCUUGUGGUCUCAUUGUCACCAGCCGCACAAAGUGGAGAAGGUUAUUUCUUAUUCACUCAUCUACGGGCUGUUUACAUUCAUGUCAGGCAUACUGAUUAUUCGGUGGCGCUACCAAAUCGAUUGGGAUGAUCUACUGAAGAAUAAGAUUAAGCAGAGUGUAGUCUAUGACGAACGGUACUUACUGGCCCUGUACGUAAUUCUGUGGGCCAGCGCCACCUUGUUUAAUCACAGUCUAAAAUGUGCCUCUUGCGAUCAGCUCUUUGUUUUACGGUGGACGAUAAGGUACUUCUCUCAUCACGAGUACAAUGUGCCACACUACGUCUGCUCAUUCGUUUCACUCUCCUUCUACACUGUAAUCUACAUUCCAUCUUUCCUUAGUUGUUCGUAUGUGAUUGAUUUAACCAAUGCUUUAGUGUCCCUGGCCUCAGACACCAGGCAGUUAGCCAACAUCAUCAGUAGCAAUGACCAGCCCGACGGCAUUCUCGAUCAAGUCUCUAACAUAAUCAAAGACAAGAGCUGGUCGCGUCAUUCAGGUAUUGGGAAAGAGCUUGAAUUUUUCACCAAACUGACGAUGUUUGUCGGGACAAUGGUUGGUUUCUCGUUUGCGAACAUUUAUUUCUCUUCGCAAAUCUCCACUGUGAUGGAAUGGGUCCAUCAUGUUAGUCAGCUGUUGUCACUUGCCGUUACUAUUAUGACGCCAUUUUUCUUCGUCGCAAUAGGAGUCAAAAAGCUGCAUGAAGCGCACGAUAUCUUCAUCAGUGAAGCUAGAAAAGCACAAGUGCAAAACUUGCGUGCCAGUCAUGGAAAUACUUGUGAAAAAUGGGAUGUAACAAUUGAAGCUAUGAAGGAAAAUGUGGUCAACAUUGUGAACACUGAAAAGGAGCUUUACUGGACGGCUUUAGCAACGAUAGGUGUGAUUCUGUGGCACCUACUUGGUCAUCUGAACAGGUUUGACGAUGCUCUAGAGAAAAAUAUCGAAGAUGAGCGAUUCGCCUUGACAUAUUUCGCCUGCUUGACGCUCAUUCUCGCAAUCGGCAUAACAUUUUGGGCACUUUUUCAGUUGAAAAUGGUUCCACGGUGUGUUAAACCUGGCCAGAGGCAAGGAAGCUGCAGGGUAUUCUUGAAUUCUGUUUUGGUUGGAGCUGUUGUUUUUUCUGCGGUGUAUACUCCCUGGUUACUUCAGUAUAACCGUAGAGCGUGCCCACUGUGAUAGCAGCCUGUCUGGGCACUCAGUCCCAUCUACCGAACUAAACAAGAAAUUAGAGAUUUCAGACAUCCAGGGAGUGUUUUCAGUUUUUUGUGACCUUUAGUUUCAUCCCAUUUCCCCUGUCUGACAUUUCGACCUCAUUCUGCCUGUCAUUCUGCCUGUCAAUUUUCCCAACCCAAGUGCUGUCAACCUACUCUGUACGGGAAACAGACACAUAAACAAACUGCUCAGUCACUGCUCAGCCAAACAACUGCUCUCUCCGGGAAGAAUAGUCCCUCUCCUGGAAGAAUAGCUGCCACCCUCGGGUGGGCAGCUAAAGGAGAAUUUUUUCUCAAUAAACCUCAAUAAACCACCCAAAACAAUACUCCCAUACCUGGUAAUGAAGUAAUGAAUGUCAUCACGCACGUUCUGUUGGAGUCCUAAAACCACUAGUGAACGAUAUUCUGACUCUUGAUGAUGACACUGUGCUGGCCAUUGAGACCACAAAUUUGUGCAAAACAAAUGUGUCUACCUGAUCUAACCUUUGC